AGAUGACGUUAACGCAAACUGUCAGCGCUGAUCCAAAACAAACUCCUCAAAUCAGUAUCGGCUACAGCAAGUUUGCGAUUUAAUUUUGCAUUUAUUUCUCUCGAAACGGGUCCGAUUUUAGUCCGAUAAAACGUAGACAUACACCAUGUUCACCUUGUGGUCACUAGUGGAAGCAUCGUUGCUAUUUCUGAACGCAGUGUGUGUCCUGAGCGAGGAACGAUUUCUUUCCAAAUAUGGUUGGGGUAUGUCCACACAAGUGCAAGGGUUUGGAGAACCGGCCUCGACCAAAGCACAGAUCCUGCUGCUCGUACGAUCCAUACGAACAGUGGCCAAGAUUCCAUUAAUAUUUCUUAACAUAGUAGCGAUAAUGUUUAAACUAAUUCUUGGCUGACGGGGCUGCCGGAGUCACGCCGUCCUUUUUUUAUGUUGCGUAUUGCUGAAUGAAUAAAUAUAUACCCACUAAUGUGUAAUCCCCAUCAA